AUGUCUUCUGCAAACGGUGGUUCUCAUAUCCGCCACCAAACUUCAAACAGAUUAACCAGGGUCUGCCCCCACUUUUCGGUUGCGCCGCGUGCUGUAAGGAAAACAGAUGCGCAGUUCUACUGCCUUUGCACCGCAUCGUUUUGCUUUAGAUGCGGGUCUCGUUGGACGAGCGGAGUAGGGUGUAUGGGAAAUUCAAGCUGUGACCUACGGAGGGACGUGUCCUCUGAGGAUAGCGACGACGAGGCAUCCACCGAGGAAGCAGAGACGUCCAGCGUCGUAGAUACAAGGCCCUUCUGUAGCUAUUGCUCACGAAGGUUCAAAACGCGGGAAGCGUUGAAAGCACACAUCGAGAACGUCACCUCGCACCCGGUUCGCAAAUGUUGUGGGAGGAAGUUUGUGAGCGAGGAAGCAUGGGAGGCCCAUUCACGCGCCAAACACUGGAACUAGGCCAUGUUCAUUUCUGUUUGCUCAUUGGAGUUGUAUUCAAUUCCGUAUUCCUAUCGCGUUGAUGUGCAUGAGGUAAAGGUGGGCGUGGUCAGGCUGUCAAAGUAGCGACUCACAACCACGACGUCCAAAUCACAUUAUCACGGCGGC